AAUACAUAAGAACCGAGUAUCGUUUCGGUGCCGAGGCUCAAUUCCCUGAAACCAACUCGUCUCUUGAGCCAAUUUGCUCUCACAAUCCCAAAAUCCCACAUUCGAAUCCAAAAAUGCCCAAACACUCUGAUCCCUCAGACGAAGAAACCCCCGAGGACUCGAGCUCAGGCUCAGAGGAACAAAACCCACAAGAUGGUGGUGUUCCAGAGUACGAGAAGCAGAGGCAAGCGAGAAUUGCACACAACAGGGCCAGAAUGGAGGCUCUGGGUCUGCCCAAAAUCGCUUCCUCUCUAAUGGGUUCGGCCCAGAAUGCGACGAAGAGGAAGAGGAAGGGAAAAGCCAAGGUCUUGGAGGAGGAGGACGACGAUGAUGAGUAUAGGCCUGAAGAGGCUUCUUCUAGUGAAGACGAAGCUAAUGAUGAGGAUUUUGAGGAUGAAAAAUCAUCUAGUGCACGUAAGAAAAAGAAUAAAGGUUCAAAACCUAAAAAGGCUCGUUCAAGAAGAAGUAGUUUGAGCAACUCGGAUUACCUUGAUGAUGAUGAGGCUUUGAAGCAAGCAAUUGCUCUUUCAUUGCAAGAUUCUGCUGUUUCAGGUGUGGUAAAAGCUAAUGUUAAUGAAAGAAAAGGAGAGAAUCAAAUUCAGCAAGUUUCAGGGAGGAAGAGGAAAAACUCGCAGUUUGCUAGUCGGCUGCAGAUGACAGAGGAUGAGUUUGUUUUGCACUUCUUUCAGUUUGAUGAGAAAUGCAAUGGGGGAAUUUCUGCUAGAGAUUUAGAAAGAGUAGCUAUUGCUCAUGAUUUUAUGUGGACUGAUAAGGAGGUGGCUGACAUGAUUCAUCUCUUUGAUAGUGAUGGAGAUGCAAAGCUAAGUCUUGAAGAUUUUCGGAAGAUUGUUGUUCGCUGCAACAUGAUAAAAGCCCCUGAAAAUUCAUGAUGGAUUCAGAGAUGAUGGACCCAUAUUUGGAGUAUAUAGCAUGUCACGAUCCUCAAAUCCAGGGUGAUUAAUGAGUUGAUAUUUUGAACCAACUCAACAGCUUCAGAGAAUUAUAGGUUACAUUUACCAUCUUUAAAGACUGAAAGCAGAGAUUAUUUUUUAUGAACUCAUAAUGUAAAAAGUUUGCUAUCAGUUAAUUUUCUGAGCGCGGUACUGCUCUUCUUUCA